CCGAGAAAACUAUCGAAAAAGGAAAAAAAAAGAAAAAGAAAAAAUCUUCAGAAGCUCAUAACUUUUCUUGUUCGAAGGUGGUUUUGAAGAUUCACAACUGCAGCUUAUUUCAAAUAAUUUUCUGGGUCACCCAAAUGGAGGAUUUUAUUGUGUAUUUUUGGUGUUAUUUUGUAGUUUCAGGAUUAAAUUCUAUUGAAUAAACUGCGAAUUCUUAAUAUUUGAUGUUUUGUGCUGGCAUGUAUUUGUAUAUCAGUUUCUUGGCCGAGAAAACUAUCCAAAAGAAAAAAGAAGAGAGAAAAUAUUUAGAAACUCGUAUAACUUUUCUUGUUCGAGGGUGGUUUUGAAGAUUCACUUUAGCAGUUUAUUUUAUAUAAUUUUCUGGGUUACCAAGCGGAGGAUUUUAUUGUGUAUUUUUGAGGUUAUUUUAUAGUUUCACGAUGAAAUUCUAUUGAAUGAACUUCGAUCUCUCUCCCCGAUACUUAAAAUUCAAUUGUUUUGUGUUGGUAUGUUACUUGAUUGGGGUUCAUGGUCUUGCUGUUGUAGUUAAUUUUAUAAAUGGAACUAGAUAAGGUGUGCAAUUGAAGAGAUUGUGGGUGAGAGUGGAGAGGGAAUAGUGGGCAACUGAACAACAGUUUUUUUGUUGGUUGGUUUUACUUUUACAAUGUUUAUUUGGAAAAAUUUAAUGUUGGUGGGAUAAUUUUUGGAAUCGGAAUUGCGUGACAAAGCUUCAAUCUAGUGAAUUAUGUGCUUUAUAUAAUAGAAUAGAUUACAGUAGUGUUGGCUAUGUUAUGCAGUAGUGAAUGUUGGGCAGUUGAGGGAAUAUAUUAGAAAAGGAGUAAUUGUUGAGAUGGAUGUGUAAGAAGGAAGGAGAUGGCAUAGAUUGAAGGUGAGUGGUAGCUUAUGAGGUGGUUUUAUCGCCUUAACAAUUGUGGACUUCUAAGGCGGAGAUGUUUAAUGAAUUUGUGUGCUACUUGUACCAGUGGAAUGCUGAAAGAAAUGUGGGUGGAGAUGGUGAAACAAGGUGUAAAUGUAAUGACUUAUGAUUUAACAAAGAUAUGGAACUAGAUUGAAAUGAGUGGCAAAAAAACGUUGCUACAGAUUACACAAGCAGUUGGGAUGCAACUAUUUUUGUUCCAUAUAAGUAUGCCUUCUCUUUAACUCUUAGCCAAUUUCAUGCCAACUGAAAGUACUUUCUAGUGUUUGGUGAAAUUAUAGUUUCUGAAUUUUUGAGGUAUUCUCAUUUCAAAAGCUGGACUGAAAAUCUCUAUUAUCAUAUAUGGAUUCUUAAUUUCUUACCGUUUUUAGGUCACAAUGAGGGUAAAAGAUUUCAAAUUCUAUGAAACCAACUAUUGCAUAUGCCAGAUUAUGCAGAUGUUAGCAACCUAGCAAUUACUAGCAUGGCCUUUGCAUGCAUAUUUUAUGUGCUUUGCAAACUAUUAUGUUUCCUUGUUUGCCUUUUUGUAGUGCACAUGGGUUUUGUUUAAUAUUUAUGCUCUAGUUAUAAGAGGGAUGCUUUUCUUUCUCCUUUUAGUAGGUAUAUGUAGUAAUUGCUAGAGCAAAAUGAUGAAAAAAAAAUUCAUGAAGCCGACCUGACCUGAUUGGUACACAAGGCAUGUUUUGGGAUCUAACAUUGAACUUUGUUCAUUGUUAGACAAUCAAGAUGACCGUCAAAUUGUUAAACUUCAGAUUGAGACAGAUGUAGUUGGUGGCGUCACCAUAGACAUUUGUGGUAACGGGUUAUAAUGCUUAACAAUGUGGUUGACAAGGGGGAUUAAAUCCAACUAUGAGCAACAAAAGUGAAUGCGUUUUUUGGUGAUGUUUUAAGGGAAACUGUUUUGUCAGGCAAGUUAGAACUUACAAGUCCAUGCUACAUCUACAAAUAAAUUUUCCAUGAUUAGUGCAUGAAUUGUUAUUUCAAAUGGGCUACCUGGGCAUCUCAUCUCAAAUAUUGGCAAGGAUGUAGGUGCCAACUGAAUAACCUUUGAGACUUGGAUUGUUUGGUAUUAGUGAAUAUCUCUUAUUGAAUGCCCGUGCAACUGGCAACUUUUUUGUGACUCUGGUGGUAUCAUCAUGAUACUAUUGCUACAAAGAUGAUAUUAUAGAAAUGCACUCAUAAUCUGAAAUACAAGGAAUAUACAAUUAAAAAACAACGCCCAAGAAGUACACAUUAAUGUGUGUUUGGAAGGGGAAAGAUUCAGUACACACCUAACCUUUAGCAUAAAGCGUAAAGUGGUGGCCCAAGACUUGAACCCAUAACCUCAAGGUUAUUAGGCCAAGUCUUAAUUAUGUUUCCUCUUAGGUCUACCUCUUAUUUCUCUGCAGGGAAUGUAGCACAAUUCCAAACAGUUGAAUUCCUAUUCCUGAAGAGUAACAAAGUUCAGAUAAUACAAAGUUCCUUGUACUUUUCCAUCCUCUCCAGAACUUGCUAGCUUCUCCUUGAUCAUAUUUUACAAAAAGAAGCCCAAAAUUUCAUUCCUUUCCUGAUUCAUGGGAACACCAGAGACCUCUCGGGAACCUUGCCCAGAUCGUAUCCUCGAUGACGUUGGUGGUGCAUUCGGCAUGGGUGCUGUUGGAGGUUCGGCUUUCCACUUUAUUAAAGGUAUUUAUAAUUCGCCAAAAGGUGAGCGCUUAAUUGGAGGCACACAAGCAGUGCGCAUGAAUGCACCUCGUGUUGGUGGUAGUUUUGCUGUCUGGGGUGGUCUUUUCUCCACAUUUGACUGCACAAUGGUCUAUGUCCGCCAGAAAGAGGACCCAUGGAAUUCAAUUAUCGCAGGUGCCGCUACGGGAGGUUUCCUUCAGAUGCGUCAGGGUUUGGGUGCUGCUUCAAGAUCUGCUCUGUUUGGUGGGGUGUUACUUGCUUUGAUUGAAGGAGCUGGGAUCAUGUUGAAUAAAGUAAUGAGCGCACAACAGAAUUUUCCACCAAUGGAAGAACAAAUGCCCAAUUCGGCCAGUGUGCCUGGAUAUCCAAUGGGACAAUUGCCUAGUCAAGCUCCACUAACCAUGGGUGGCUUGGGAGAUGGAUCUUCAUCUUCAUCAUCGUCAUCAUCAACAUCUUCUUCUCCUUCUUCUUCAUCUUCAUCAUGGUUCGGAGGGCUUUUUGGUGGUGGAAAGCAGGAAACAGGUAUGAGCAGUGGAAGCAAGACACAGGUCUUUGAGAGCUUUGAUUCACCAAGCCCUCCCACGUUUGAGUACAAGUGAGAUUGGCAGCAAAUAUUGUGACGUGGGGCUAGGGAGCAUGGUUGAUUGGCUUGUUGAAUGGAGUGCCCUUUCACAAGUUUUCGAUAAUGGUAAAGGUAAAGCUAGCAAGUAGCGUCAAAUCAAGUCGGAAGGCUUCUCUAGAACAGUUUCCUUCGUGUUAGUUUCUUUUCUUAUCGUAGUAUUUUUUGGAUUAAGGAUGACUUUACUACCAAAUAAUUCACUGGAACAGAUUGCGGCCUUUAGUUGCCGGAUACUUUAGUAUGCACUACGCAAGUUACACUUGUUAACCAGAAGUGAUUUACAUUUGUGUACUAUAAAAGUGAUUUGAAA